CUGUUGCAGUUGUCUCUUUCGCACGGCCAACCGUGAACGUGUCAACUCAACGCUUUUGUUUUCCCCCGAUUUUUCCUUAAUUUUGGCCAUAAUACGGACGAGAUGGUGGACGACAGCACCCGGAAAACGCUGAGCAACAUUCCGCUGCUGCAGAUUCGUGCUGGACCCAGGGAAAAAGAUGUGUGGGUGCAGCGGCUGAAGGAGGAGUACCAGGCCCUGAUCAAGUACGUGGAGAACAACAAGCAGUCUGGAAGCGAUUGGUUCCGAUUGGAGUCCAACAAGGAGGGCACCAAGUGGUUCGGCAAGUGCUGGUACAUGCACAAUCUGCUCAAGUACGAAUUCGACGUGGAGUUCGACAUUCCAGUGACAUAUCCCACCACAGCUCCAGAGAUUGCCCUUCCGGAGCUGGAUGGCAAGACGGCCAAGAUGUACCGGGGUGGUAAGAUCUGCCUGACGGAUCACUUCAAGCCCCUGUGGGCCCGGAAUGUGCCCAAGUUCGGAAUCGCCCACGCCAUGGCACUGGGUCUUGCUCCUUGGCUGGCCGUUGAGAUUCCGGACCUCAUCGAAAAGGGCAUCAUCACCUACAAGGAGAAGUAGCUAAACUAAACUAUUAUACACUAAUUACUGGCCACAAAACAAUGAACAAAGUUUGAUAUGAAA